AUGUGUCGAGCACUAGAAGCUGCGUUAGUUGGGACAUGUGUUGAGUAUGCCGAACCGUCGUUUGCCGAAGAGGGUGCUGUUUUCCAUGCCCAAUUCAGAGUGGCGGAAGCAGAGAGGUGGCCGACCCUUAACCUGGCAGAGGGUAGGAAAGAAAGCACGAAACGCUUGGGUGCUGUUGGUGUUACUCGCCUUCCAGGAUGGAGGCCGGGUGAUCCUCACUGCGCCUGGUUGGAGAUGCUGCAAGAUAAGGCUGCCAACCGAUAUAAUACCAUGACGAUGUCCGGUCAACUUAUGCAGCUCGAGCCGGGCUUUGAUUUACUAACUGAUAAAUAUGAUGAUGUGGAGUUUUCAGACUCCGACCAGGACGACGUUAACACCACGAAGCUUUACAUGCAAAAAUUUCAGAAUAAGGUGGACUUCUCCAUGAAAACCACUCGUCAGAUGAGGGACAAAAGUGAUCGGGCCACAACAGAUCACGCUCUGGACAGGCGAUCUCGUGCAAUUUUGUUUAAGAUGAUGAACCAGGAGAUUUUUACGGAGAUCAACGGCUGUAUCAGUACCGAUAAUACCAUGACGAUGUCCGGUCAACUUAUGCAGCUCGAGCCGGGCUUUGAUUUACUAACUGAUAAAUAUGAUGAUGUGGAGUUUUCAGACUCCGACCAGGACGACGUUAACACCACGAAGCUUUACAUGCAAAAAUUUCAGAAUAAGGUGGACUUCUCCAUGAAAACCACUCGUCAGAUGAGGGACAAAAGUGAUCGGGCCACAACAGAUCACGCUCUGGACAGGCGAUCUCGUGCAAUUUUGUUUAAGAUGAUGAACCAGGAGAUUUUUACGGAGAUCAACGGCUGUAUCAGUACCGGUAAAGAAGCCAACAUCUACCACGUUUUGGACAAAUCGAACACUGAUCUCGCUGUCAAAGUGUAUAUGACAUCCAUUAUGCCGUUCAAGUCACGCGACAAAUACGUAAAGGGUGACUUCAGGAUGAGGCAUGGAUAUUCUAAGGCAACAUCUUGGAAACUCGUAUCCAAAUGGGCUGAGAAGGAAUAUCGUAAUUUGAUCCGCAUCAAACAAUCUGGACUAAUUCCUUGCCCAACACCACUCAGAUUAAAGGGUGUUGUCCUGUUGAUGAGUUUUAUAGGGAAACAUGGAUUUCCGGCUCCAAAGCUGAAGGAUGCUGAGAAUAUCACCGAUGAUGUUGAUGGUGAGACUCCGCCUGAUUGGCCCUCUCUGUAUGCACAGGUAGUGAAUGAUGUGCGCACACUCUAUCAGAAAUGUCGACUUAUUCACGCUGACCUGAGUGAAUACAAUAUGCUCUACAUGGAUGGGAAAGCCUGGAUGAUAGAUGUUUCGCAAGCUGUGGAACACGAGUCACCGCAGGCAUUGGACUACCUGAGGACGGACUGUCACAAUGUGAAUACCUUCUUUCGCAGACAAGGCGUGUCUACGCUUACUCUGAGGGAAUUCUUCGACUGGGUUGUCAACCCGAGUCUACCGCAGCCGGACGACCCUGCAUCACAACUGUAUCUGACUAGACUACUGGAAACUGCGGAGGAGCGUGGUUUCAACCAGACUGUCGAGGCAGAGGACAACGCGUUCCGUUUCGUUCAUAUACCCCGGAACCUUUCGGCAGUUUAUCCUUUUGUUCGUGACUUUCUCAAGAUGCAGCGCGGCCUGCUUUCUCCGGACGAUGUAUAUUAUGCAUCGGUUAGCGGAAUGAAGCAAGAUCUCACGGGAGCUCAACAGGUGGAUGAAGUAGCCUCCGACUCAGAGGACGUCGGUCAGUCGUCCGACGCGGAUUCCAGUGAGUAUUACUCCGUGUCCUCAACAGAACUCGAUAGCUCCAGACCUCCAAAUGUAAGACCGCGUAACGAGUCACCUGCUAGUCGGAAAUUGCGGAAAAAGCUGGUGAAAGAACAACAAGCAGAGAAGCGGAAAACGAAAAUUCCUAAACACAACUCCCGAUUUGUGAGAGUAUACGAAGAGCUCUCCAAAAGCUUCCGUACACAAAGCGGUGUCCGUCAGGUAUGCCCACUCUCUCCAUUCCUUUUUAACUUCGUGAUCGAUGAAAUGAGACGAACGCUGGAGGGUCUCCAAAACCCUGGUGUUCAAAUAGCCUGUGACGAAAACCUUGUCGAUCUGGAAUAUGCAGACGACAUCGUUCUCACGUUCGAAGAGGCGGAGAAGUCGGAAGUAUUCCUGGAUGAACUGACCAAAUUUAUCCCGUCCUUUGGUAUACACUUUGCACCCACAAAGCGUAAGGUCAUGCUUGUGGACGUGCAGUCACUGAACACGCCACUUACAAUUCAGGGAGAGGCACUUGAAGUUGUGGAGCGUUUUACGUAUCUUGGAAGUUGUAUUAGUUCUGAUUGUAGUGUGGCAGAUGAGGUGAAUGCAUGA